CACAUGGACACCCAUUAUGAAUGGAAGACCGCCUUGUAGUAGUGAUGUCUGCCCUGGAGAAGCUGAGGACUUGAUGUGUGCCGUGUGUUCCGAGGCAUUCGAAGCUGGCACGCGAGAACCCGUGGUGCUGCCCCAAUGCGGGCAUACCUUCUGCCGCCCUUGCUUGCAGAACCUGAAGGCCAUGACGCAGACGCUUAAGUGCCCCGCCUGCAGGAAGAAACACAAAGGGCUCCCUGUGGCUAAGCUCCCGGCCAACUUCACGGUCCUCAACCUGGCGACUUCGCAUAAACACAGAAAGAGUUCUUCCGAAGUGUGCUUGAAGCACGGUGAUCAUAUAGGCCUCUGGUGUCGCCUCUGCAACAUCCCGCUAUGUGGCCAGUGUCUCUUCGAAAACCACAUGACUCACGGGUACCAGGUCAUCAAGAUGCAAGAUGUAAUUCGAGAAAAGAAGCAUAAGAUAGCGGAGCAAACAACGAUGAUCCUGAGACACAUUGAUAAGGAACGAGAAGCUCUGACAAGAGAGGUGCACGAGAUUGCUCAUCAACUCGCGAAACUUUACAAGAAAAGCACCGACUUAAACAACCACGCCAAAGAUGCCAAUAAGAUCUUGAAGAAUGUGCGGAAGACCACGCGUAUAAAGUCCAUUUUGGCGAACCAGAACAGCCUGGAAAAUCUUUUCGCAGAGAUGAACAUAACUUUCGGCGACGAAAAAGGUGACAGAACAUCGAAGGACCUUGACAGCAACAGCAUGGUGGUCGUGCGACGGAGGAGUCACAUUGACAGGGUCAUCGGGUGGCAGGAAGUGCCAAUUCAAGAUAACAGAGACAGCAAUAAGAACAACCUCGAGCAAUUAGACAUCGAAUGCAAGAAGUCUGUUAGCUCCUCUGCUUCCAACCAAACUUUCGAUAACAGCGUCAACGAGAUCUUAUCGACAACGAAGACUGAGCCCGACCUGGACGCCGAGAAGGGGAAUCAGCUCAGCCGGAAGGUGAGGAAAGACGGCAAGGACAGCGUGACCAGCGACUCGGACUCUGUGGAGCAGGACGGCGACGACGGCCUCGAGUCUGAGACGAGCAGCGAAACGAAGGUCAAGGGGAGAGACCUGCCGAAGUGGAGCCUAAAGUGCGCGCCCGGGGGGAGCAGCGUCUGGCCCUGCAUCGACUGGCAAGAUUUCUACAAACAGCUCCCAGCGGUGCAGCUCCUUGUGCCUCUGGACCGGCCGGAGGUAAUCAUGACGCUCACCGUGGGCGCCAAGAGCCUCGGGCGAGUGCACAUCCGCCUGUGGGGCCAUCUUCGACGUGCGCAGCAUUUCCUCGCCCUCUGCCUCGGCACCUUCGGGGCCUCAUACAAGGGAUCGCGAUUCACAAACGUUGCAAGGAAGGGCUUGGCAGGAGAGAGUCUGGUGGGGGGUCGCUACCUGACCGCGCGCGGAUGCAGCUCGGCAGGACUUCUGAGCGACUUGGAGUGGCGGGGCAAGUUCUCAGGGCCGGUGACGGAGGGCGUGCUCGGAGGCGCCAGCGACGGCGACGUUAGCUCCGAGGCCCUCUUCGGCAUCUGCACGAAGGGCUACCCGGAGGGCGAGUACUACUGCCCUUUCGGAGAGGUGGUUUCCGGCCUGGAGGUGGUGCGCGCGGCGGUGGCCCACACGCCCGUCACGGAGGUCACCAUCGCCGACGUCGUGCUGGUGUCCAACGAGACCAAGAAGCCGCGCCACUGAUGCAGGCUGCUGCGUAGCGAUUGAAAUGUUAAACCUACUGACUGCCAUUUAGUAAAACAUUUAUUGAAUUUGUUGAACAUGCGUUAAAACACAACACAUAGUGAGGUCGAUACCUGUGAUGUAUGUGUUUAAGGGGAAAUGAUCACUUCGUAAUCAAAGUCAAUCAAAAUAAGGAAAGCAUCCACUCCCUAUCUUAUGUGAUCUUAAUGGCCAUUUGUUAUUCUUAUUCUUCCUAUCGGAAAUGUUAAGAAAUUUAUAUCUUCAAUGUGGCUAUGUCUUUGUAUGUGAAAGCGACAAGGAGGGCUUCGUGAUAUCAUUCUAGCUUAUAAAGGCAUUUUUUUUUUUUUUUUAUGUGUAGUGUCUAGUUAAUGUCCAUUUUUAAUAUUAGGUGUCCUUUUUAUAACAUACUAAAAAUAUUUUGCAUUUGAUUAUUGCCAUUACCUACAAGAUUACAUUAUUUUAUAUCAGCGACCCGCGUUACUGUUAUGGUCAAGAAGGAAAUCAGAUGCUGCGUUGCUUGAUGGUGGUUUCAUUGCUCAAACUCUACUUGCAGAUCCUUGAAGUGAAAUCACGGGUGCUAUACUUCGGAAAAUACCGAUGUAUGAGAAAUUCCUGUUAAAAACUCUACGGCAGACGUUACCCAGGUUUCAGUGUCCGUGAAGCCACAUUCGUCUCGAUAAGUCGAAUAAAUACAUGUCUAUUGGUGCCACAUUUUUCUCUUUUUCUUUGACUUCUAGUGAGUGUCAAGUAUUUUCUUACAAUAUAGAACUCUUUUACUUUUUUUUUAUUCUCGUAAAGAGGAUGCUACACCUCUGCGUCGUCACUCUGUGAGUGAAGUCAUUUUUCGCUCGUGUUGAAAAGGUUCAUGAAAAUUAAUAAUCUGGAUAUGGGCCUCCAAAGUAUUACAAUAAUCUUGUAUUGGUAGUUAAGGUAGUCUGUUUCAUUGGCUUUCAGGUGGUCUGAGAUGGCUAUGUUAAAGUUUUGUUUUAGUUCAAUACGUUGUGUAGAUAGUAGUUGAUGCUGCCAUCAUUGUUCAAGAUGCUCUUGUC